UGGACUCCAUUUUUCUCACGUGACCUCAUCUCUCUAUCUCUCUCUCUCGUUCUCCGUUUCUCGUCCCCGUCCGUCCGUGACUAAAUGCAGUUUCAUCAUAUUCCGUGCAGUGUAAAAGCAACUUAUAGGUCUUCAGAUAUGGACGUCUCUGGAGGUCAAAGUUUGUAUCCUUUCCACCAUUGCAAAACUAUACACCUGGUGAGGCAUGCUCAGGGGAUUCACAACGUGGAAGGAGAAAAGGACCACAGUGCCUACCUAUCUCGACACCUUUUCGAUGCACACCUUACUCCUCUUGGAUGGCAGCAGGUAGACAAUCUACGGAAACAUGUUCACACAUCGGGAAUUUUUAAGAAGGUGGAACUAGUUAUAACUUCUCCUCUAUUGAGGUGUAUGCAAACAGCCGUUGGAGUUUUUGGUGGAGAAGGUUACACCGAUGGAAUAGAUGUUCCUCCACUCAUGGUGACAGAUGCAGGAGACAGUAACCAUCCAGCAAUUUCAAGUUUAAAUUGCCCUCCCUUCGUUGCAUUGGAGGGUUGUCGUGAACACUUGGGAGUUCAUUGGUGUGAUAAGAGGAGAAGCAUCAGCGAAUACAAGCUGCUGUUUCCUGCAAUUGACUUUUCCUUGAUUGAAUCUGAUGAUGAUGUUCUCUGGGAGCCUGAUGUUAGAGAGAAAAAUGAAGACGUUGCUAUUAGAGGAAUGGAGUUCUUGAAGUGGUUGUGGACACGGAAAGAGAAGGAGAUUGCAAUUGUUACACAUAGUGGAUUAUUGACUCAUACACUUUCUAAAUUUGGUAAUGAUUGUCAUCCAAAUGUGAAGAGUGAGAUAUGUAGGCGAUUUCAGAACUGUGAACUUCGGUCCAUGGUUAUCGUUGACAGAAGCAUGAUAGGGUCAGAUUCUUCAGCAACUGAUUAUCCAGGAAAAAUUCCAACUGGAGAAGAUGCGCCAAGUGACGAUACAUGUACUAAUCCAGAUGGAUUGCCAAACUGAUUUUAUUCCAAGCAGUGGCAAUUAAAACAUGUUCGAGUUUGGGUUACUUUUCCGAUUCUUUCAAAGUAAUGUAUUAGAUCAUCUCAUUUGGAGCACUUUGUGGCUGACUCCGGAUUUAUCAGAUUCUUGAAGAAAGUAGACACAGGCAAAUUUAGUUGUCUGAAGGUACAAGCAACUGCUUUGAUGCCUUAUAAUUAUCAGCAAGUAUUUGUUGUAGUUGUUCACAUCACAUGUCAUACAAAUACAAUAUAAGUUAAUACUUUUUCGAUUUAAUUUAGAUGUACCGGGGUUUCAGACUUUCAGGUAGUCAUGUUUCAAGCUACCUUCAGGUGGUGGUUUGAGCCCUGUCCUCCUAGUACACUCUUUGCAGUUUUAACCCUUCCUAUGGUCACUUUGGUUUGUGAACUUCAGCCGGCAAGAAUGUAAACUAUUCCUUUAUAUGUUAGUUAACAAUGUGAAUUUUGUCAGUCUUUCCAAA